ACUGAAAUUGUUUGUAAAAUGUAAGAUGGCGGCAGAAGUUGUAGAUGAUGUAGAGAUGGACGAGAAUAUAAACGAAAACUUACCUUUGGACGAAUCAAUGGAUGAAACUCAUUCCGAUUCUGGUUCAUCGAAUUCUGAUUUAUCAGAAGACGAAGAAGUAGACGAAGCAAGAAUAAAUGAGUUGAAACAAAAAGUGUCAGAAAACCCGUACUUAUAUGAUCCUCAUAUAGAACUGAUUAGAUUAUUACGCAAAUCGGGAGAUUUGUUUCAAUUAAGGGAAGCAAGAGAAAAUGCAAAUAAAAUUUUUCCAUUAUCUCCAGAAUUAUGGUUGGAAUGGUUAACAGAUGAAGCGAAAAUAGCUUCAUCUGAAGAAGAAAAGAUAGCUUUAAAUAAUUUGUUUGAACGUGCUGUAAAAGAUUAUAUGUUUCCUCCUUCACCUGAUGUUGUUUCUAGUCCAGAACAACAGGAACAAAUAAAGCAGCAGACAAAUCGCAUCAUGUCCAUAUUUCAUCGCCAACUUUCCAUUCCAUUAUUAGAUAUGGAAAAAACUUAUAAAGAAUAUAAAGAAUGGAUUGAUGGUGAAAUUCCUCCAUCAGUUGAACAAUCAUAUAACAAAGCAAAGAAAAAAUUAUUCAGAUUACAAGAGUUUGAAGAUAGCUUAAUAUCUUCGGAAUCUCCUCACUUACAAGAAUAUUAUAAUUAUAUAGAAUUUGAAGAAAAAGAAAAGGAUCCUGCACGUGUACAAUGUAUAUAUGAACGGGCUAUCACCGAUAAUUGUCUAGUUCCUGAUUUAUGGCAGAAAUAUACUAAAUAUUUAGAUACUCAACUUAGAAUAGAUAAUAUAGUUCUUACUGCCCAUGAAAGAGCUGUUAGAAAUUGUCCAUGGUCAGUGACAUUAUGGGUAAAUUAUAUUCUAGCAAUGGAAAGACAUAAACAACCACAUGAAAAUAUUAAAGAAAUAAUUGAACGUGCUCUUCAAGCAGGAUUUUCUCAAGCAGAUGAAUUUAGGUUACUUUGGUUAACAUAUUUAGACUACUUGCGACGCAGAAUAAAAAGGAGCCAAGAUUUUGAUGAUGAAAAUGAUCACAGUAUUGAUAUUCUUCGAUAUUGGGCUCGAAUUGAAGCUAAAUUAUGUAAGAAUAUGGACAAAGCAAGAGAAUUGUGGAAUAAAAUAUUGUCUCAUGGUCAUGCUUCAGAAGCACAAAUGUGGAUAGAAUAUGCUAAUUUUGAAAGAAUUAAGGCAAUGUUAUGGGAAAACCAUCAAUAUUACCAGGCAUUUGAAGAUAGCUUUUUGUAUGAUUUUGAUGAUGAAAAUGAUCACAGUAUUGAUAUUCUUCGAUAUUGGGCUCGAAUUGAAGCUAAAUUAUGUAAGAAUAUGGACAAAGCAAGAGAAUUGUGGAAUAAAAUAUUGUCUCAUGGUCAUGCUUCAGAAGCACAAAUGUGGAUAGAAUAUGCUAAUUUUGAAAGAGCCUAUGGAGAUGAAAUUCAUUGUCGAAAAAUUUUGCUUAAGGGUUUACACAGUGCGAGUGAUUGGCCAGAAGUAGUUGGUGAAGCCCUGUUGAAUUUUGAGCGAGAAGAAGGUACGAUAGAAACAUUAGAUAUUGCUACAGACAAAUAUAAUUCACAAAUGAAAAGAAUUAAUGAAAGAAGACAAAAGAGAGCUGAGAAAGAACAAGAGUUACAAAGAAUAGAAGAAGAGCAAAAGAAAAUAGCCAAAGCUGAAAAGAAAGCAGCUAGAGCAGAAAAGAAAGCAGCUAAAGCUGCAGCAAAAGCACAACAAAUAUUAGGAAAAGAAAAUUUAAAAAGAAAGGAGUCUAUUGCUGAAGCUUUGAAAAAUGAUAGAUUACGAAUAGAAGGAAGACCAGUAUUUAUAUCUCGAUGUGAAGAUAAAAAAAAUAAUCCAAAUAGAAAUACAUUUAAGUUUCAGACAGGUUUAGAAAAAAGUAAACUUUUUGUGAGAGGUCUUCCACCUAGUAUGACAGUAGAAGAAUUAGAAAAAAUGUUUAGUACUUAUGGUGAGUUAAAAGAUGUCCGUUUGGUCACAUACAGGAAUGGUCACUCAAAGGGUUUAGCAUAUGUUGAAUUUGCAGAUGAGAACUCAGCAAGUACAGCAUUAGAAAAAACAAAUGGAACUGAAAUAGGUACUAAUGUUAUCUCUGUUGCUAUAAGUAAUCCUCCAGAACGCAAACCAAGAAAACUUUCUGAGAAGAAGAAUGCUGGAAAUAAAACAAGCAGUCAGUUAUCAAAUGUCCUCGGUGGUGGUGGUGGUAGUGUAUUAGGGCCACGUGGUCGUGGAAGAACUCAACUGACCAUGGUACCAAGAGCACUACAACAAAGUCAACAAGUGUCGAAAACAAGCAAACAAAAUGGAGAAUCAAAUGGAACAGACAGUGAAAGUAAAAAACUGACCAAUGACGACUUUCGUCGGUUACUUCAGCCAAACUGAUUCAAAGGAGAAGUCAUUCGCCAUGAAAUCAUCACAUCUGCUGUUUUAACUUGUGUUUGUGAUGAGUCGUGUACAGAUAAACUUGUAAUAUUUUAUUAGAUUUUUGUUUGUUUUGGGAAUUAUGAAUAUUACUUGUGUCGUUAUUAGUUUUCAUUAUUUUUAGCCACAAAAUAAAUAUUUCAUACACAUUAUUUUUGACAUCUAAAUGUAAAAAAAAAAAAAGAGAAAAAAUAAUAAG